AACCACGCCCCCCUGCUAAGGCGCACACCAUCAAGAACCCGCGGGCCAAGUGGAGCCAGGCAGCAGCCCGGCUCAAGGCGGAACGAAAGUGGGCCGUCACCGGCACCCCCAUCCAGAACCGCUUGGCCGACCUGUACGGCCUCAUGUCGUACCUCCGCUUGGAGCCGCUGUACGACAAAUCCAUAUUCAGCCGUGUGCUGGAGAGGCCGCUGAAGGCGGGUGACCCACGGGUCGUUAAGAAGCUGCAGGUGCUGAUGGGCUGCAUCGCCAUGCGGCGGACCAAGGAUCUCAAGAUCGGCGGGCGGCCUCUCGUGGUGCUGCCCUCCAAGCGUGUCAAUCUGGUCACGGUGCACCUCAACCGGGAGGACAGGGCCAAGUACGACGCUUUGGAGCUGCAGGGUCGGCGGCUGGUAUCUCACGCGCUGGCUUCCUCCAGCCUGCUUGAGAACUACAUGAGCGUGCUGGAGAUCAUUCUGAGGCUGAGACAGGUGGCAGAUGCGGGCUGCCUGUGUCCCCGUGACCCGCUGCCCCUCACCCUCUCCCAGGAGGGGGGCAGCGGCAGCAGCAGGGGGCGGGGCGGUGCGCCUGCCCCCCCGCUGAGUCCGGAGGAGACGCAGCUGCUGGCAGGGUUGCUGGCGGCGGGGUUGCAGGACGACUGCCCCAUCUGCCUGGAGCCCCUCUCCGCCUCCGCCUGCUGCAUCACCCGCUGCCGCCACAUCUUCUGCAGGCCCUGCCUGGAGAAUGUGAUCGCUCGCAGCGCCGGACCGGGCUGUCCCUUGUGCCGGGCGCCGCUGCACGCCACGGAUCUGGUGGACCUGCCCCCCGCCACUGGUGAUGGAGCAGCAGCAGGGGCGGAGCAGCAACAGGCCGGCAGUGCCGCCCUGUGUGACCCCGAGGCCGCCUCCGCCAAGGUGGCCGCCCUCAUGCGUAUUCUGAGAGCGGCAGCGGCAGGGGAGGAGGGGCAGGGACAGGGGGCGGGAGGAGGAGGAGGAGCGGAGGCGGGGGGAAGCGGGAGUGCUGAGGGUGCUGCUGCUGCUGUGGCGCCGGCGGGACCGGCCGAUGCGGCAGGGAGGGUGGCAGAAGGGGGUGCUGGUGGUGGUGGUGGUGGUGCUGGUGGCAAGGGGCCGAUCAAGUCAGUGGUGUUCUCCCAGUUCUCAGGCAUGUUGGACCUGGUAGCUGCCGCGCUCUCCGCCGCCCGCCUGCCGUAUGUGCGGCUGGACGGCAGCACCCCGGCGCGUGAGAGGGCGGAGGCGGUGCGGAGGUUCGAUGGGAGGGGCGCGGACACCCCGCUGGUGUUCCUGGCGAGUCUGAAGGCGGGCGGUGUUGGGAUGAACCUCACAGCGGCGAGCCACGUGCACCUGCUAGACCCCUGGUGGAACCCCGCAGUGGAGGAGCAGGCCAUGGACCGAGUGCACCGAUUGGGUCAGACGCGGGAUGUGGAGGUGUACCGCUACGUGGCAGCUGACACCAUCGAGGAGCGGAUGCUGCUGCUGCAGGAGCGGAAGCGGCAGCUGGCCGCCGCCGCAUUCGACCGGCGCAGCGCGGAGGGUGAGGGGCGCAGCGCGCAGAUGCGCAUCGACGACGUGAAACUGCUGAUGGACCUGUGAGCGGGCGGGUGGGUUUGGGUGGGUGGUAGGCAGCUGCGGGAACUGCAGGGCUGUGAGGAGAGCGGCUAGGAGGCCGGCCGAGGGCACUGCGGAGCUGCGGUGCGGAUGAUGGUUGGUGGUUGAUGGGUCCUUAGUAGUUGGCAAGUGCAGUGGCGAGUAGGUGCCGGCAGCACUGAGGUCCCGCCUUGAUUGAAAGUAGAAGGUAGCGGGUGUUGAUGGUAGGUUGGGUAGGUGGAAUACCAAUGGGUGUGAUGGCUGAGAGCGAAGGUUUCCAUCGGUUGGAAUGCAAGUCAAAGUCAAGGGCGUGCAGAUUGUUGACAAGGUGGAGAGGGAGGACCUACAUAGGGCAUAGCAUGACCAGCCAACAGGGCCCCAAGGCGCUAGCCCCUUCACACAUACCGGUACGCAAACGGUUAUGGUUUGGCCUUUCCCUCUCAUGUUUGACCCCUCACUAGCAGCAGCGGCAGCUGUUGGGAAGCACGUUUGCUGCACCAAAGAGGCACCACAGAGGCAGGCAUCCAACCCAUCUACGGUAUCGACACAGCGGUGUGGGCCUGCCAGUAAGGGGCCGCUGCCAGUAAGGGGCCGCUGCCAGUAAGGGGCCGCUGCCAGUAAGGGACCGCUGCCAUUAAGGGGCUGCCUUUGGGUCAGGCAGGAUGUGGCGACCGGGGGCGGUGUGUAAGCCGGUGAGGGUGGGCACGCAGGCGGCACAUCCACCCCCCAGCUGCCGCAGGUGAGACUGCUGCAGAGAAGGUCUAUUGUAUAUAACGGUUACUAUAGAGCUGAAGAUAACGUCUGUGGUAAGCGAUGUUGGCGAGGUUGAGAUAGUGUUGGGUAACAUUUGUAAAUGUAAUGACUGCUUGAGGAA